AUGGUGGAGUGUGAAGAGAUAAAGGCCAACGUGCAGAAACACAGGCAGAACCUGAGGCACAGCAAGGAGGAGCUGAACAGGCUUAACCAGGCCAUCCAGAGGUUGACUGUGGAGUCCUGCAAACCAGAGCGAGCCAAGGAUCCACCAGCUCUGCAGGGUGAAGGUGCCUCAGGCAGUGCCAAGGGCAAGCUGGCCUGGUUGGAGGCUGCCCUGCAUCAGGCCAAGCAGGACAUGGUGCAGCAGCUGCGCGAGUACCAGGAGCUGAUGAUUGUCAAGCUGGGCCUGGACUUUGAGAUCGCCACCUACCGCAAGUUGCUGGAGGGCGAGGAAAGCAGGUGAGGGCUAGGCAAUGCUUCAUGUGUGAUCACGGGGUGAGGAGUGCAGGGGCACAUGGAGGUCACCCCCUAGAUCACCAUCAGCCAGGGAAGGGUGGGGAGAGAUGACCUGGGUAUUCAGGAACUUGUUCUCCUGAGCCAGUUUUCCUAAAUGUCCAAAAUGUCCUAGCUAAUGACCACCUUUGGCACCUAGGAUGGGGAGAUUCAUGAAGUCAUUUGCC